AUGACGACCUUUGACGAGGGAGCGGGCGAGACUGGCGCGGAGCAGGAGCAGACACAACGAUCGACCCCUGCGAAGCGCAUACGAUGGGCCACCCAGCGGGUCACGGGGCAGAAGGCGUCGCAGAAGCGGAUGUCCAUCUUCAACCGACGGUUGAGUCGGCGAGGGGCAGACGAGAAGAAGCGGGAGUCGGCGGGUACGGACCUGUCGGACCCCAAGAUGGAGCUGGAGGCGGGGCAGGAGGGCGAGGAGGAGCAGAACAACAGCCGGACGGUGUUCUUCAAUAUGCCUUUACCGGACUCAGAGAGAGAUGAAGACGGCAAGCCGCUGCACACUUACGCCCGGAACAAGAUACGAACGGCCAAGUACACCCCGAUCAGCUUCAUCCCAAAGAACUUGUACUACCAGUUCCACAACAUCGCCAAUAUCUACUUCUUCUUGAUCAUCAUUCUCGGCAUCUUCUCCAUAUUCGGUGUUCAGCAACCCGGUCUCGCGGCGGUUCCGCUGAUUGUCAUUAUCACGCUUACCGCCAUCAAAGACGGCAUAGAAGACUGGCGACGAACAGUCCUCGACAAUGAGCUGAACAACGCGCCAGUGCAUCGGUUGACGGACUGGAACAAUGUCAACUCGGCCGAAGACAAGAUUUCAAUUUGGCGGAAGUUCAAGAAGGCGACUACGCGUGCCAUCAUCGAAACAUGGAAGGUACUCAAUUCGCGGAAAAACAAGAAAAAGGAGGGCAAGAAUUAUCAAGAUAGAGCGUUGGACCAACGCAUGGAUGAAGAUGAAAGGCGGCAGAGCAUGUUCUCGGCUCGCUUUGACGAUGAGCCAGCCGUUGAAGACGAGAAUGGAGACAUGGAGUUGACUCCUGUGCCAUCUCCUGCUCCCGGUCAGCAUAAAUCGGGCGACAAUGGCUACAUUGGCGAUGGCGACCUGCAGAAGAUGGAGAAUGAGGCCGCUCGAUCCGCCGAUGCUGUGCAAGCGCUGGAAGUGCCUCGCAGGAAAGAUCAGAAGCCAGCUCAGGUGCACAAGCGAUUCUACGGCAGCAUCAUGAACCCGACUCUGGACGUACCUGAAAAGGCACGCUUCAAGCGGGAUUACUGGAAGAACGUGCACGUGGGUGACUUUGUGCGUUUAUACAAUGACGAGGAGAUCCCAGCCGAUGUCAUUGUCCUUUCGACCUCGGACAGCGAUGGUGCAUGCUACAUUGAAACCAAGAACUUGGACGGAGAGACCAACUUGAAGGUACGGACCGCGCUGCAUUCUGGUCGGAAGGUCAAGCGCGCGAAGGACUGUGAAGCCGCCGAGUUCUCUUUGGAGACCGAGCCACCGCAUGCCAACCUCUACGCAUACUCGGCUGUGGUCAGAUGGAACCAACAUGACGCGAAGCAUCCCGAGGCGCCUCCAAAAGAGAUGGCGGAGCCGGUUGGUAUCAACAACCUUCUCCUCCGUGGUUGCACUAUCCGAAAUACUGAGUGGGUACUGGGUGUGGUCGUCUUCACCGGCGAGGAGACGAAAAUCAUGCUGAACUCCGGCAUCACACCCUCGAAGCGCGCCCAGAUCUCGAAGGACCUGAACAAGAAUGUGCUUUACAACUUUGUCAUCCUCUUCAUCAUGUGUCUCACUGCGGGACUGGUUGAAGGGUUUACCUGGGGUCAGGGAGACGAAUCGCUGGACUUCUUCGAGUUUGGAUCAUACGGUGGCUCACCUGGCUUGAACGGCCUGAUCUCCGCCUUCGCAGCUGUCAUCUUGUUCCAGAACUUGGUGCCCAUCUCGCUCUACAUUACGCUGGAGAUCAUUCGGACCGCGCAGGCCUUCUUCAUCUACUCGGAUACGUACAUGUACUACGAGAAAAUUGACUAUCCUUGCACACCAAAGAGCUGGAACAUCUCCGACGACCUUGGCCAGAUCGAGUACAUCUUCUCUGACAAGACUGGCACACUGACACAGAACGUGAUGGAGUUCAAGAAGUGUACUAUCAACGGUGUGCCGUAUGGUGAGGCAUACACCGAGGCUUUGGCUGGCAUGCAGAAACGGCAAGGAAUUAACGUCGAAGAAGAGGGUGCGCGAGCACGGAAGCAAAUCGCCGAGGAUCGGGUCACGAUGCUUGAAAUGGUCCGGAAGAUGCAUGACAACCCAUACCUCCGCGACGAAGACCUCACCUUUGUUGCGCCGGACUUUGUUGCCGACCUCGGUGGCGAGAAGGGUGCAGACCAGAAGGUGGCUAACGAGCGCUUCAUGCUUGCGUUGGCGCUGUGCCAUACGGUCAUCACUGAGCGAACCCCAGGCGACCCGCCAAGGAUCGAGUUCAAGGCACAAAGUCCCGAUGAGGCGGCGCUCGUGGCUACUGCGAGAGACGUUGGUUUUACAGUCAUGGGCCGGUCAAACGACGGUAUCAUCAUCAAUGUGCUUGGUGAGGAACGAGAGUACACCGUGCUGAAUACGCUGGAGUUCAACUCGACCAGGAAACGAAUGAGUGCCAUCAUGCGCAUGCCGGACGGGAAGAUUGUGCUCUUCUGUAAGGGUGCUGAUAGUGUCAUCUACUCUCGUCUGAAGCGUGGGGAGCAGCCGGAGUUGAGGAAGUCGACUGCAGAGCAUCUCGAGAUGUUCGCUCGUGAAGGGUUGAGAACACUUUGUCUUGCCCAGCGCGAGUUGAGCGAAGAGGAGUACCAGAAAUGGAACAUCGAACACGAUCUCGCGGCCUCGGCGGUGCAGGAUCGCGAGGAGAAGCUGGACGCUGUAUCGGAUGUCAUUGAGCGAGAACUCAUACUUGUCGGCGGCACGGCUAUCGAGGAUCGUCUGCAAGAUGGGGUGCCAGACGCUAUCCAACUUCUUGCACAGGCUGGCAUCAAGCUGUGGGUGCUCACUGGCGACAAAGUCGAAACGGCCAUCAACAUCGGCUUCUCCUGCAAUCUCCUUGAUAACGCCAUGGACCUCAUCGUUCUCUCCAUCGACGACGAGAACCUCGACCGCGCAGAAGCAGAGCUCGACAAGCACCUCCUCACUUUCGGCAAGACGGGCUCAGACGAAGAGCUCAAAGCCGCAAAGCACAACCACGAACCUCCGGCGCCGACUCAUGCGCUCGUUAUCGACGGCGACACCUUGAAACUCGUGCUGGACGACAGGCUCAAGCAGAAAUUCUUGCUUCUGUGCAAAGAAUGCAAGUCUGUGCUCUGCUGCCGUGUCUCGCCGGCGCAGAAGGCUGCGGUGGUGCAGAUGGUCAAGAACGGGUUGGACGUCAUGACGCUUAGUAUCGGUGAUGGCGCCAACGACGUUGCUAUGAUCCAGGAGGCGCAUGUUGGUGUUGGCAUCGCUGGUGAGGAGGGACGGCAAGCCGUGAUGAGCUCGGACUACGCCAUUGGACAGUUCAGGUUUCUUACGAGGCUCAUGCUGGUGCAUGGGCGGUGGAGUUACCGGAGACUGGGAGAGACGAUUGCGAAUUUCUUCUACAAGUGUAUGGUCUGGACGUUUUCUCUCUUCUGGUACCAGAUCUUCGCCAACUUCGACAUGUCGUACGCCUUCGACUACUCCUAUGUCUUGCUUUACAACUUGGCCUUCACUUCGAUUCCGGUCAUGCUCAUGGGAAUUCUGGAUCAGGACGUCAGCGACAAGGUCUCGCUGGCCGUUCCUCAGCUUUACCGCCGUGGCAUCGAGCGCAAGGAAUGGACACAGACCAAAUUCUGGACCUACAUGGUUGACGGGCUCUACCAGUCCGUCAUUGCUUACUUCUUCACCUACCUGGUCUACAUGCCCGCGAACUUUAACACCGAGUCCGGGAGGGAUAUGAACGACUACAAGCGCAUGGGCGCCUUCAUCGCCAACCCGGUUGUCGUCAUUGUCAACGUUUACAUCUUGCUCAACACCUACCGCUGGGAUUGGUUCAUGCUGCUCAUCACGAGCAUCUCCUUUUUGCUCAUCUUCUUUUGGACGGGCGUUUACACCGCUUUCACAGCAGGGUUCACUUUCUACCAGGCUGCCCCACAGGUCUACGGGUCGCUGUCGUUCUGGUGCUGCGCGCUGUUGACAAUCAUCAUGUGCCUGCUACCUCGCUUCACAGCAAAAGCAUUCCAGAAGAUCUACAUGCCCCGCGAUAUCGAUAUUGUCCGCGAGCAGGUCCGACAGGGCAAGUUCGACUACCUUAACGAUGUCGACGCCGACUACAUCAACCCCACGCCUGAAAAGAUCAUGCCGGACUCUGCCAGCAGCUCCGAGAUCGCUAAGCCUGGCCCUCACGGCCGGCAAGAAAGUGUUGCAGAGGACAUGCGGCCGAUAUACCCUCCUUCCGUUGCCGCUACCGCCACCACGCACAACGCGCGCAGCAACAACGGCAGCGACGGGACGGACUACACCAACCACCGUGCCAGCCUCGACAAAGCGUUUGGAAGUCCAGUGGGUGGGAGGACAGAACACGCCCCUCCGACACCCAUCAUUACCACGACCGGCGACGAUAACAUGGAAAGCCGCCCAUCGUUCCACCGGCCUCGACCGUCCUUCGAUCGCGUCCGCUCAAGCAUGGACCGCACGCGGCCCAGCUUCGAAGCGAGUCGCGAUUUCACGAGCGCGGCGUACCUGCAGCGCAUGGAGUCAAGGAAUUCAGGGCAGGAGAGUCCUGCCACACCUAGCGGUGCUGCCACGCCGUCCGGAUCGAAGAUGAGGGAUAUCACGGACGAUUUGAGGCGGUGA